AUGAUUGUUGAAGAUGAACGUGCAACAUAUGGUGGAAAUUUUGAUUUUUCUUAUGAUCAUUUGAGUAAUGAUGCGACAAUAUUGUCGAAUGAUUCUAGUAUUGAUUUUAAAGAGUUCCUACGUAGAAGAUUUGAUAUUCGUGAUAAACAAAUUCAUCGACAACUUCAACAAGACUUGAUAGAACAUAUAAGGCAACGUUAUGGACACGAGGAUAACAACAAUUAA